UCUUUUGUCCUCCAGUUCCCGUGUACAUUCUUUGACGGCCGCGCCGACAUGUGCGCUUGCCUCUGCUACGAAAUCCUCAAAUGCUGCAACUCCAAGCUGAGCUCCAUCCGCAGCGACGCCGCCCACCUCCUCUACUUCCUCAUGAAGAGCAAUUUUGACUACACCGGCCGCAAGUCCUUCGUGCGGACUCACCUGCAGGUGGUGAUCGCCGUCAGUCAGCUGAUCGCGGACGUCAUUGGAAUCGGGAGUACGCGCUUCCAGCAGUCUCUCUCCAUCGUCAACAACUGUGCCAACAGCGACAAGAACAUAAAGCACACAGCGUUCCCGUCCGACGUGAAGGACUUGACCAAGCGCAUCAGGACGGUGCUGAUGGCCACCGAGCAGAUGAAGGACCACGAGAACGACCCGGAGAUGCUGGUGGACCUCCAGUACAGCUUGGCCAAGUCCUACACCAGCACCCCGGAGCUGCGUAAGACCUGGCUGGACAGCAUGUCCCGCAUCCACAACAAGAACAGCGACCUGUCAGAGGCGGCCAUGUGUUACGUUCAUGUUGCAGCUCUGGUGGCUGAGUACCUGUGGAGAAAAGGGAUGUUCAGGCAGGGCUGCUCCGCUUUCCGGGUCAUCACUCCCAACAUUGACGAAGAGGCGGCCAUGAUGGAGGACGUGGGGAUGCAGGACGUUCACUUCAACGAGGUCUCGCCAAGUUCCAUUUUUUUUCUACAAUUAUGCACAAAUGCCUGAAGUUCUACCAUUUUUUUUAUGAGUUUUAUUCAAAUAAGUUGACACUUUUCUCAAAUUGGUCACCAUAAACUUUCUGUGUCAUCUCCUAAAAACCCAGAUUUGGAAGUUUCUAAUACUCAAAGAU